CACCUGUCUGAAUCUGUCCUUGUGUCACUUGCAUAUAUGGACAAGUUAGAAUGGCAACUUGUGACGUUGUGCUGCUAAAAACGGCUCCAGCUCCCUUCAGCUCUUUGUUUUAACAAUGUCCUCCAGUGAAAGAAAUUCAAAGGACAUUUGAUCACACAAGCUGUGGAAUUAUUUCAAGGAAACUAACCCGGAAACUGAUCGACGGUACCCUUUUAUUCUGGACAUAUGCACCUUGGAACAGCUAGGAGAUGAGCACUUCUCUGAAUUACAAGUCCUUUUCCAAAGAGCAGCAAACCAUGGAUAACCUGGAGAAACAACUUAUUUGUCCCAUCUGUUUAGAGAUGUUUACUAAACCUGUGGUCAUCCUUCCCUGUCAGCAUAACCUGUGUAGAAAAUGUGCCAGCGAUAUUUUCCAGGCCUCUAACCCAUAUCUGCCAACCAGAGGAGGCACCACUAUGGCAUCAGGUGGUCGAUUUCGCUGUCCCUCCUGCAGACAUGAAGUAGUUCUGGACAGACAUGGUGUGUAUGGACUUCAAAGGAACCUAUUAGUGGAAAAUAUCAUUGACAUAUACAAGCAGGAGUCCACCAGACCUGAAAGAAAAUCUGAGCAGCCAAUGUGUGAAGAGCAUGAGGAUGAGAAAAUUAAUAUCUAUUGUUUAAACUGUGAAAUACCCACAUGUUCAAUGUGCAAAGUUUUUGGUGCCCAUAAAGACUGCCAGGUUGCUCCUCUCAAAAACGUUUAUCAGCGACAAAAGUCUGAACUCAGUGAUGGCAUUGCAGUGCUUGUGGGCAGUAAUGACAGAGUGCAAGGAAUAGUAGGUCAACUGGAGGAGACCUGCAGGACAGUAGAGGAAUGCUGCAGAAGACAAAAAGAGCAACUGUGUGAAAAAUUUGAUUAUCUGUAUGCAAUACUGGAAGAAAGGAAAAAUGAGAUGACACAAAUAAUCACUAGAAACCAAGAGGAGAAACUGGAACAUGUCCGCUCCCUGAUGAAAAAGUAUGCAGAUCACUUGGAGACAGUGUCUAAGCUAGUUGAAUCAGGAAUCCAGUUCAUGGAAGAGCCAGAAAUGGCAGUGUUUUUGCAGAAUGUCAAAGCAUUGCUACAAAAAAUUACUGAAGCAUCUAACGCAUUUCAGAUGGAAAAAAUAGAGCCUGGCUAUGAAAAUAUGAGCCAUUUCACAGUCAAUCUCAAUAGAGAAGAAAAGAUAAUAAGAGAAAUUGACUUUUACAGAGAGGAGGAGGGUAAUGAGGAAGAUGAGGUGAUGGAAGGUGAAGAGUUUGAUGAAGUCCGCACAGAGUCAUCUGGUGAGGAGGAAGAGGUAGCUGAGAAAGUAUCUCAGCUAGACUCAGAACCCAAGAGCACAACAGGAGGCCCUCAGACUGAAUCAGCCCCAUCAUUACCACCAGCUGCCUCAGUUAGUCAGGGUGAGGUUGUGCCAAGUGGUGCUCGACAGACUGCGGAGUCUGAAACACAAAUGCCAUCAACAGCAGAAACCAUCGAUCCCUUGUUUUACCCUAGUUGGUAUAAGGCCAAAUCACGGCAAGCAAGCGGCCCAAGUUUGACCCAACUGAGUGAUGGGUUGGGCCAAGUAGGGCCGUCCGUUUCUCUGGAAAUGAAUGUAAAGAAGGCAGAAACUACAGAAGCAGCAACAAGCAAUGAGUGUGAACCUGGGAGUGGUAAGGAAAUUAGCACAACUGCAGCUACUUCCCAGAACUGUUACAAAGAAUUAGGGCCGCAUCCUGCACGCCACACUCAGACUGGGUCUGAACCAUCCCCUCAAGGACAAGUGGAAGACGUUCCAGUGAGCAGUGAAAGACCUGAUGAGCCGGCUCGUCAUGUCUUCUCUUUCUCCUGGUUAAACUCAUUGAAUGAAUGAUGACGAUCAUUCCGGCUGGCUUUGGAUGUGCUUACCUGAGAGGAGCUAUGAGGCAGCAAGUGACCUGGCUGGAACCAACAAGAAAUAGUUCAUAUAAGAGACAUCUUGAUCAGGUUUAAUUCCAAGGGCCUUAUUUGAAUUCCAUUAUACUGUAUCUGAUACUUUUAGAUUAGAGUGAUGUUUGGAAAUAGCUGAAUAAAGGGAGUGGGAAAACUGGACUAAUAGAUGUCUUGAUGAAAUACUAUAUUAAGUUUGACUGUGUGUUCAAGUAAAACCUGUUUCAGAAAGGAGAAUGUUGAACAGAAGCUUCAUGCUAUAAUUACAGUUGCAAAAUUAGUGAGCACUAUGAUUGUCUGUAGCCAGCCUGGGUGUCCUGUUGUAUUUUUGUAAGUGCUUACCCAACACUGUUAGUUGAAAUAUGACUAAUGGCAUCAUUUGUCAAUGAAAAUAUGAAAACCCCCUCACUACUCUUAAUUACUCCAGUUGGAGUAACUCCAUCUUUUCAACUUAUUGAUAACGCUUGUGGCAAAUCCUUGACGAAAGCUACAAAAUUCAAAGGUAAGUCUAAAACUCCACUCAACACAACCACUGUGCUGCAUUACUCCAGCACAAGUGGUGCUACUGCAUGCUGAUGUGUAAAACCUGAGCAUAAAUGGGGAUGGCAAGAGGAGCAUUUCACCCUUAGAUUUGUAUUUUCCAGCUGAGGUUCAUAGGUCACAAUGAAUAACACUCGAACCAUUCAGAAAUGUUAUUUGGUGUUACAUUUGAUAUAGCUGUAGACAAUAAAGAUAUAGCUAUAGGAAGCACUGGAUUGGAACCCUUCCCAAAUGAUGUGGGAUAUGGAUCAGUAUGUGGUUUAUUAUCUGUACUUCCUCAAAAGGCAAGGAGAGGGUUCUGGAUGAGUAUGUCAGCUUGUGCCUGUCUAUAUCCAUAUCUGUUAUACCUAUAGCGUCUCAACUUCCUUUAAUACAUGAAAUCAACACUCACUUUUAUCAUACUGAGCAAUUUGAUAGUAAAAGGGCAAGACCUUUGAAACCACAAAAGACCAUUCUGAGCUGAACUGUGAUGAGUUUAUUGCAAGUAUCUGCUAAAGAUUGCAUUUAAAAGAUUAUAAACCCAUGGAAAAGGCUACCACAGUGCAGAGAGAAGUGUACUACAGAUAUUUAACUAAUGAAACUGAUUACAUAAACUGACAUGCCUUUUAAAAUGGUGAGCAGAUUGACAUUGCAUUUGAUUCUGAAGGUGAAAUCCUGGGAGUUUUCCCACUGACUUCCAUGGGGUCAGGAUUUCACCCUAACACUCUAAGGACAGUUAGAAAAAUGAUUACAGAAUUGAAUACUGUAUUUCCUAAUGGGUGCUGACUGUCAUCAUCUCUGAAAGAGUUCAAUAGUCUUUGAGAGUGAUCAAUAUCUUACAGGGUUAGGGUCUAAGAGAGGGAUCCAAAGGCCAAGGGGAAUCUUUCCACUGACUUCAAUGGGUUUUGGAUCAGGCCCUGAAUACGUAGCUCUUCUUAUAGUACCAUGACUGACCAUGAAGACAAGCUUUUUUUUUCAUGGUACUGUAGUCAAUAGCAUGAAAUGGUUGAUUAAUACAUGCUAGAAGGCAAUAUAGUCUAAGGUGGGAGCCAAGUAAUUCAGGAAUACAAAAGCCCAAUUCUGACAACAGUUUGCAAUGUAGCCUUUGGAAAGCCACUUACUAUCUAUGUUGUUUCUGUUUUUCUUCCUGUAAAAUGGGACUAUGAAGGAUGGAUUUGAGGAUCAAUUAGUUAAUGUUUGUAAAGAGCUUUGAAAUAACAAAGCAUUUGUUAAGAGUUAUAUCUUCACGGAACAGCAGUAAAAUUCAUCACCGCAUCCAGUUGUGUUUUUUCCACAAGCUUUUGUUCUUGUUUUUUGACAAGAAAUUCCUAAUGAAUAUUUGCAACCAGGA